AUGGAUUCUCAUGCGAUUAUCAACUGCACCGUCACACCCAGCAUGACAUUUACAAAGACGUCCCAGAAGUUUGGUCAGUGGGCCGACAGCAGGGCCAACACUGUGUACGGUCUGGGCUUUGCUACAGAGCAGCAGCUGCACCAGUUUGCAGAGAAGUUUAAGGAGGUGAAAGAUGCAGCUCGUCUGGCACGAGAAAAGUCACAGGAUAAAGAACUGGCCAACACAGCCCUAACCAUCGCUGCUCCUCAGUUCUCACAGGACCUCUCGGAUGAACUCCAGUCUCCACCGGUGAUGUGUGUGAACGGACCAGAGGACAAGCUGUUCCGCAGCCAAAGCGCAGACAUCACCCUGUCUUCUGAGAAGGAGCGCAUUAAAAAGAUGCUCUCUGAAGGGUCUAUUUGUGAGAUGAACCUGGAAGCUGAGCUCUUCACUCUGCAGGACAGCAACUCCAAGUUGGUGGCAGCUUUGCAUGAGGCCAAUGCUAAUGUGGAGCAGUGGAAAAAACAGCUGGCAGCAUAUCAGGAGGAGACAGACAGGCUCAGAGACCAGGUGGCAGACUUGGAGGCCCAUGGAGGCCAUGGCCCCAGUGACCUGCUGAAGGAUGAGCUGACCCAGUCUCUGGAGGAGCUGGAGGCCCUGCUGAAGGCCAAAGAUGAGGAAAUUCACAUUUUGCAAAGCAAAAAAGUAGAGUACCAUGAGAUGGAACAUGAUAGGGAUGAGGCCAUACACAGACUGCAGGACAUGGAGAUGCGUAACUCGGACUUAGAGCGGCGCAUCCAGAACACAGAGCAAAACUUAAAUAACUCUCUGGAGGACAGAGAUCGCACGGACAGUGAGAUCCAAAGGGCCAUUGAAAUCCUAGACAUCAAGAUCUUUGACCUUAACGACCUCCGCCAGAGCCUGGUUAAACUCAUCGACAAGUAAAAAGAAAAAAUGGAGAAAUGGAACAGACUGACAGGGUUGAAGUUGCCGUGGUGGAUGCAGCGAGGAGUAAACACAACAAAGAUGGAGUUGGUCCCUGUCCUCUAAAAGCACAAGAACCAUCUCAGCUGCAGGAAGGUUAAUCCGUAUCUGUGCUGCAGCAGUGGCUGCACUGUACUCAACUAUAUACUGUAGGUGUUGGCCUAAGCAGCGGCUAUUGCUUGUCCAAUCUAAUG